AUGCCUCGCGGUUCGGGGAGAAAACACUCCAAAAAUGCCGGGAACAUGGGUUCGGAAAACCUCAACUACGCCGAACGCAAAGCGUUAGGUUUUGGCACCAUCAAAGAACGCUUAGGGAAAGACACCGUGAAAGAUUUCAACUGUUGCGCCUUGGGAUUACACGUGUGCGCAGACCCGUACGCGACCGACGAAGGCGUUUUAUACGAGCGAGAGUUUAUAGUGAGGAACUUAAUCGAACAGAAGAAAUCGAUCGAAAAGAUGAAACUGAGUGUGGAGCGUUUGAAGAUGCAAAGAAGCGAGGAGGAAAAGGAAAAGGAAGAGCACGCGAAAGCGAAAGAGAUUAAGAAGUUUCACGCGCAAAAUCACGGCGGAGGGAAGUACCAAGAGAUGGACGACGUCUUCGACGAUGGAGAUGGAAAACAAAUCGCAAAAAGAUCCGAGUUUGGGUCAAAGUUCGAUAAGGAACGCGCGGAGAGUUUGAACGAGUUCUGGACGAACACGGUGAGGACGAAGGAGAACGUCGCGGAAAGUAGUAGUAGCGGAAUUAGCGCGAAGAAGAAUAGUUUAUACACGAAAUGUCCUCAAACUGGGAAGAAGUUAAGAGCGAAAGACUUGACGAAAGUGAAGUGGACGAAAGCGACGGACGACGAAUCCGUUUUCAUUUGUCCGGUGACCAUGAAGACGUUUACGAAUAGCACGCCGAUUGUUAUUUUAAAACCAACCGGCGACGCGAUUUCGAAAGAGGCGUACGAUCUGGUGAUUAAGAAAGAAGGCGCGUACGAAGGGAAGAAAGUAGAUCCGAAGAAGGACGUGAUUCAUUUGCAAAGAGGAGGGACCGGGUUCGCCGCGAGCGGGACUCAGGUCGAGUCAAAGAUUGAGACGAUCAUAGGCCAAGGAUCGGGGAGAGCGGAUAUUCGCGGACAAAACGCAUCCGCGCCAAGUCGAUUUGGUUUGCGCAUCUAA